AUGAAGGCUCAGUGCUGUACGGAGAAUGGCAAAGAUCCAGACAGCGCUCACAAGGUGCUAGAGAUAAGAUACAUAUUACAGAGGCUUUCCCCAGCUUCUAAUUCCCAUUGGGAAAAGUACUACUUGCCAUAUAAAUGCUUGGAGUGUGAGGAAAGCUUCUCUCAAGGUGGCAACCUCACUAAACAUCAAAGGAUACACACAGGAGAGAAGCCAUAUACAUGUCUGGAGUGCGGGAAAUGCUUCUGCCGGAAGGACAGCCUUACUAUACACCAGAAACUUCACACAGGGGAGAAGCUACAUAAAUGCUUGGAGUGUGAGAAGAGCUUCUCUCAAGGUGGCGACCUCACUAAACAUCAAAGGAUACACACAGGAGAGAAGCCAUAUACAUGUCUGGAGUGUGGGAAGAGCUUCUGCCGGAAGGACAGCCUUACUGUACACCAGAAACUUCACACAGGGGAGAAGCCACAUAAAUGCUUGGAGUGUGGGAAGACUUUCAGUUGGAAGAGCAACCUUACUUCACAUCAACGCAUUCACACUGGGGAGAAGCCAUAUAAAUGCUUGGAGUGUGGGAAGAGCUUCUCUCACGGUGGCGACCUCACUAAACAUCAAAGGAUACACACAGGAGAGAAGCCAUAUACAUGUCUGGAGUGUGGGAAGAGCUUCUGCUGGAAGGGCAGCCUUACUUUACACCAGAAACUUCACACAGGGGAGAAGCCACAUAAAUGUUUGGAGUGUGAGAAGAGCUUCUCUCAAAUUGGCAACCUCACUAAACAUCAAAAGUUACACACAGGAGAGAAGCCAUAUACAUGUCUGGAGUGCGGGAAGAGCUUCUGCUGGAAGGGCAGCCUUACUUUACACCAGAAACUUCACACAGGGGAGAAGCCACAUAAAUGCUUGGAGUGUGAGAAGAGCUUCUCUCAAGACUUUGAAGAGCUGGUACCACUGCAUCAAGUUCAUCGGUUUCAUUGA